AUGGAGUUUUGCAAAGGCGCUGGGGUGCUGGCAUGCGGACUCGAGAGAGCCGACAAAAGCGUGCAUUCGGUCCAGAUCCUCCACAUCGCCUGUCUCUAUGGUGUGGCAGAAGAGUACGAUGAAAGGUUCUGUUUCGACAAUAUCGCAAGUGGCCUCGUCGGUACGCCAUGGGUGAACGACGGCUACGCCGAGAAGCUGAAGAGGGUGAAAGACGCUGCCCGCAUCGCCUUUGCCGAUUAUUUCAUUGCUACUUUCCCCGACGGCUAUGAUACGCUCAUAGGCGAACGCGGAGCCUUGUUUUCCGAAGGGCAGAAACAGCGGGCCACCAGCACGCUCGAUCCCAACGCCGAGGAGAUUGUCCAGAAGGCUCUCGGAAACGCCUCCCGCAGGUGUACGACUAUGACCAUUGCGCAUAAGCUCGCGACGAUCCGGAAUGCCGAUAACAUCGUGGUGAUGGAGAAGGGCCGCAUUAUCGAGCAAGGCACACACGGCUCGUUGCUGGGGAACAACGGUGCAUACGCGCGUCUUGUGCGAGCUCAGGAUCUGUCAGCACCCAAGCAGGAUUCCGACAGGAACUCGGAGGACGUUGAUGAGGCCAAGACCGAGGCUGGGCCUGCUGAGCUGACCAGGACGCUGACGCGGGACUCGACCACGACGAAGGGACGCAUGGAGGACCAGGUAGCUAGGUAUGACUACGAUAACAGGAAGCCGGUUGGGAUCAUCGCGACGAUCUGGCGACUGGUAAUCUCGUCUCCUGAACUGAAAUGGACCUACCUGUCUCUUCUACUGGGAUGCCUCGGCGCAGCCACUACAUACCCCAGCCACGCAUUCUUAGUAUCGAGGUUCAUCAGCGUGUUCCAGUUCACCGGCUCGCAGAUGGAGGAAAAGGGUAACUUCUUCAUGGGGGCCGGCACCCUGGUGGUAUACUUCGUCAUCGGGUGGUGCUGGAACGUCAUUGCCCAGUUCUUCGACCGUUCCGAGAACUCGACUGGCGCCCUGACCAGCCGAGCGGGUUCCUACCCCCAGACUAUAUUCGAGCUGAUGGGCUUCAACGUUGCCUUGAUACUCAUCGCGACUCUCGGCGUGCCACCGAGCGGACUGAACUCCUGA